AUGAGUCUCACCGACCUGCCGCGAAUCUUCUUGCUAUCAACCAAGCUAGACCCGGAAGAACUUCACCAACUUGAAGAACGAAUUCCGACAUUGACGUAUGACAUCAAUGAGGCUGAGAUUGUGAUUGGGAAGAUUUCGCAGCCAAGUCGCGCUGAGUUUGAGCUGAGAAGAGCAAAACUCAGCUUUGUACCUUUAGGACAAGCACAGAGUCGCAGAGAUGAGUCUUCAACUAUGGAUGUGACGAAAGGUCCCGAUGAUGGCCCUGAUCCUAAGCGGAGAAGGGCGACAGUGAAUGCUGCAGGAAGGCAUGACAUAGUCAAGGUCGCCAAGUUAACGUGGCUCAUGGACUCGUGGGAAAGGAAGAAGCUACUGCCUAUAGACCAGUACUUGGUCUGUCAGGUCAGUAGGGCAUCAGCGCGCGAGGCAACACCUGCGUCCGUCCCUGUACUCGGAUUUGAGUCUGAACACACAUUGUCAGCUGGUUCUACUUCUCCAGCAACUGGUAUUCUAGAACGUGCUCUUGCUGAGCAGAAAGCUCAACCUACAAAGGCUUCACCACAAAACCGUCAUAAACGGCGCCACGAUGCCUCGACAACGUUGUCACAAAACGCGCCGAGUUUGCUUCACCAAACAACAUCGGAACAUGAUAUUGUCUUACCUAUGAUGCCAGAAUUUUUGAGAACGAUAUAUUCCUGCGAGCGGCCUACAUACAAGAACUCACCAAAUGAAGCCUUUGUCCAGCUACUGGCAGAAAUAAGAAAGAUUCGCCAGCUUCGAGAGGAUGAUGUUGGCGUGAGGGCUUACUCUACAUCGAUUGCUUCAGUGGCAUCCUACCCAUACCUGCUAAAGAACGCUCAAGAAGUCGCGCGGCUGCAAGGAUGCGGCAAUAGAAUUGCGGAACUCUGGCAUCACUGGAAGGAGACAGGAGAGUCGACAGAAGUACGCGAAGCCAACGCAGACCCCAAGAUCUCCGUGCUCAAGGUCUUCUACGGCAUAUGGGGAGUGGGAGCGGCCACUGCUCGCGAGUUCUACCAAAAAGGCGAGGCUCCCAAGAUUCGCUCACAGCAAAUUGGUGUAAAAUAUUACAAUGAAUUCCUGCUGGGUAUUCCUCAAGACGAAGUUGUCUCUAUCGGCGCUACGGUGCUGAAGCAUGCGCGUAUGAUUGACCCAGGAUUCGAAAUGGUUAUUGCUGGAGGUCACAGACGAGGAAAGCAGCAAUCGGGCGAUGUUGACGUUGUUUUGAGCCACCGAGACGAGAGCAAGACACUCCGCGUAAUAUCAAAGAUUGUCGUGAUCCUUGAAGAGGCUCAUCUGGUUACGCAUACACUUGUACUGUCGACCCACAACAGCGAGCGAGGACAGCGCCCUGUAUCAUGGAAGGGACAGACCUCGAGCAGCUCGGGUUUCGACACACUCGAUAAGGCACUGGUGGUUUGGAAAGACCCAAAUCAAGAAGAUGCACCGCAUCGGCGAGUAGACAUCAUCAUCAGUCCAUGGAAAACAGUUGGUUGCGCAGUGUUAGGCUGGAGCGGCGGCACGACAUUCCAGAGGGAUCUUCGACAAUACUGCAAGUAUGUCAAGGGAUACAAAUUCGACAGUAGUGGAGUCCGACGUAGGGCUGACGGCAGAUGGGUGGACCUUGAAGGCACCUCGGCUGACGAUCCGGCCCCCAAUAUGGAGACAGCAGAACGGAGGGUUUUUGGAGGACUUGGUCUGCCGUGGCGGCCACCAGAAGCAAGAUGUACUGGCUGA